AUGAGCGUCCUUUUGCAGGAUAUACUGCGUGCAUCUACUCUAUCCGAUUCCCUCAACAACGAGAGAAAGCAGGACAAUACUGUACAGCGAGACAACAACGAGGAUUCUGACGAUGAACUGGUUAAUGUGGUGCGCCCACUACUUAUCGGAUCACGCAAGGAUCCUCUGAAAGUCUUUCCUACGGAGAUUUCACAAAAGAUAUUCGCUCGACUAUCCCUACCAGAAUUGGCGAAGUGCGCACUGGUAUCAAAGAAAUGGAAUCGGAGUCAGACAAUUAAUUACGUUUGGUUCCAGCAUUAUAGAAAGGAGAACUUUCACGAUGAGAGUUUGCCACCGGGAAAGUGGACGAAGCGAGAGUCCAAGCAGAACUGGCGCAUAAUGCACUCACAAUCGUUGAGCAACCGUUCCAAGUCAUCGAAUGGAUACAGCCGGUCGGGUCACUCUACACCGUCCAUGUCGGGACAUCAGACGCCACGAGAAUUGAAGGAAGAGAAGUGGCGGUUAGAGGCAGAAGCAUCUGCACGCCCAGGAAAGGUGGAAAUGAGGGGAAUGUACAAGGAACUUGGAGGUCGUAAGUCGAGAGGAAAGACCAAACUAGGCAGUUCGGGUAUACGAGACAAGGGUGGUUGGAACGAGGGUGAUGACUGGUAA